CUUACUUUCCACUUUGGAGGUUUUCUUUUGCUUCUUGCUCUUUUUUUUUUUUUUUUUUUUGCCUGACUUUGUAGUUGUGUCUUGUCUUCUGGUUUUUCAGGACAACAACACGUUACUUCCUAACAUGUCCUCUGGUUUGUCUUUGUCUUUGCUUCAGUGCUGUUUUGUACCAUCCCCUGUGUUUUUCUCUGUAAAACUCACCAGUGUCUAGUUUUUCUCCUGCUGCUUCACACUUUUACAACCUUCUCACAUCCUCCUCUCUUCUGCCAAAACGCUCCUCAUCUCUGAGUGGCUCUCUGUGUUAUGGGAAAGACGGAGCUGUACUCUCUCUAUAAAGCCUUUCUGGACUGUGUUUGCCUCUGCCUCCCUCAAAGCAGCGAUGAGGCAGAAGGUGAUAAUGAGAGGGACACUGAGAGCGGCCACCUGAUCUACAGAAGUGGGGACGUCCUGGAGGACAGAUAUGAAGUAGUCGACACUCUUGGGGAGGGAACUUUUGGGAAGGUGGUAAAAUGUUUGGACCACGGCAGAGGACGAAGCAAUGUUGCUCUGAAGAUCAUAAAGAACUUAGAGAAAUACAGAGAAGCAGCCAAACUUGAAAUCAACGUGCUGGAGAAGAUCACUGAGAGAGAUCCAGAAAACAAACAUCACUGUGUGCAGAUGCUUGACUGGUUUAACUACUACGGCCAUGUAUGCAUCUCUUUUGAGCUGCUGUCUCUCAGCACCUUUGACUUCCAGAAAGCAAACAACUUCCUGCCUUAUCCCAUUAACCACAUCCGACACAUGGCCCGUCAGAUCUGCCACGCUGUCAGCUUUCUCCAUGACAACAAGCUGACUCACACGGACCUGAAACCUGAGAACAUCCUCUUUGUCAACUCAGAUUUCUCCAUCAUAUACAACUCUGAGAAGAAGUGUAAUGAGAGGAGAGUUAACGACACCUCCGUGCGGCUUGUUGACUUUGGCAGCGCCACCUUUGACCAUGAGCACCACUCUACCAUCAUCUCAACACGACACUACCGAGCUCCAGAGGUCAUACUGGAGUUGGGUUGGAGUCAUCCUUGUGAUGUGUGGAGUAUCGGCUGCAUCCUUUUUGAAUACUACAAAGGCUUCACACUAUACCAGACUCAUGACAAUAAGGAGCAUCUUGCUAUGAUGGAGAGUAUACUGGGACCAAUACCUCGGAGAAUGAUACAAAGGAGCAGAAAGCAGAAGUAUUUCCACCGGGGGCGUCUUGACUGGAAUGAGUGCUCCAACGCCGGACGUUAUGUGAAAGCAAAGUGCAAACCAUUAAGGAAGUACUUAUUAUCACAUGGGACUGAGCACCACCAUUUGUUUAAUCUCUUAGAGAGGAUGAUGGAGUAUGAACCGUCAAUACGCAUCUCUCUUCCCUCUGUGCUGUGUCAUCCCUUCUUCAUUAAUCCAGGGAGGACUCAGGUCUGGAGAAACAGCUGUGACAUGAGCAGAUGACCCUAUGAGGAUCACACGUGUGUUUACAAGUUUUAGUUUUGAUGUUGUCACACUAGCACAAAACUCCUGAAAAGUUUCCCCAAAUGUCAAGUGAGCUGCAUGUAUGAACGCAAACAGGCGAUGUUUUUCAUCCCAACUUUACACAAAGGUUUUUCUGCCAGGCCCCUUGUAAAAAGUCGGGGCAAGAUGAUACAUGAACGCAGCAGGUAAUAUUAAGGUCAAUUCGUUGCAAGGGAAUGUGCAGGGUUGAUGUUGUUCAUGGCCAAUGUGAUCUUUGUGCACUGAAAUGACUAUUUUCUGCUUCUAAAAUGUUCUUUUCCACUUAAUUGAUACUGUGAAUACGUCCAAUUACAAGUAGCUUUGAUAUAAAGGCAAAAAAGUGAGAAUAUAGUAUCGGACUCUAAAGCUUCAUCCGCCUUGUUGGAUUUCCACAUCGUCUUUUUUAUGGCAUGUCUUGCUUCCUGAGUCUGAUGUGUGUGAAUAAGCAACUCAGAAAGAUUUCAAGGGCAGGCUGUCCUCAAGUGGAGUGCAUGUUUGAAAACAGCUUCACAUCCAAUUUCAACAAGAGGACACUUAAAAUGUAUAUAUAUUUUAUUCAGAAUGCACAACAGGAAAAGCUUGCUUAUGCAAUGAAACGCCUUUGUCUUUGGGGUGAACAUGCCUUGAGCCAUUUGAUUUUGAAUGGAUGUGAUUAUGAAGAGGAUUUCUGAUGAGCUCAGCGGAAGGACCCUUUGGAGAUGUUGCUGUGAUGAAACUUGAGGGUACUGGGUUGAAGUAGGUCAUUUAAAUCCAACACUGAAACCAGAAGACAGUGCAGCAGAAAGACAGAUUUAUAUGAUCUGUCAGAGAUGGUUGGGUUGCAGAGGCAACGUGAAGAGAAGCGUAUUACAUUGAUUGAACUCUAAGUGGAAAAAAAGUAUUCUUGGAAAUGAAUACAAUGUACCUGCUGUGGUCCAAACAUUGUACCACCUUCCCAAAAGUUCCCUCCCCAAGAGUGUCAACAAUUUCAUCUGAAAUACAGAUGAGUUGAAAGUAAAGCAGGAUUUUUUAUUUUAUUUCUAUAUAUGCUGCCAACAUUUCCAACUGAUCUGGAAAAAAAAGUAUUCUUUAUGAUUAAAGUAAAAUGAGUCCAUGCUGUUUUAUUCACAGUACUGUCACAAACUUCCAGUUACAUAUUGAAUUGCCACUUUGUUUACUGGAAGCCCUUUGUAUAGUCUUUAACUGAUUGAAUGUACUUGAAAACAAACAUAUGCCUAUUAACGCAAUCAACAGAGCAACAUUAUCAUUAAUACAGAGUCAUGUUUCUAUCCAAUCGUUUAGUCUCUAUGAGCUCUGAUUUGGUCUCCACCUAGACUAAAUACGCUAUAUUUGCAAUACAAAUUAGUCCUCAACCAUAAAUAUAUUAAGUGGAGAUUGAAAAAGGGGCAACACAUUGAUUGAACAUAAAGAAACCAAUAGAGGCUUGGCUCAGUGAAAAUGUUAAUGAAUAAUUCCUGGCUGCAUGGUUUAAAUAAUUGUAUAACUGAUAUUGUAAAAAUACUUGAGUUUUGGUUAAUGGGUUAAAACAUACACCACUAAUUUUCGUCUGUACAACAAAUACUAAAAUACUUAUCUCUAAAAUUUAGAGGAGAGAUAUAAAAGCUUUAGCUUUACAAUUAAGAUAAUAUCCUUUAGUUUUAUGAAAUAAGUCAAUGUGAAAAUGAUUUGUGUUUUUUGUAUACAAUUUGUAUUUAAUUACUUUAGUUGUAGUUUUAUUCUUAUGUUCUUCCUCGAACAUCCUCAUCCUUGGGGAUUUUGAUUUAGUGCAGCGGAGCAGAGAGCAUAGUCACAAGGCUGAGUGAGUGUGUGUGCUGGACAGUUUUCCUCUUCAGCCUUGGCUCAGCCUAGAGACUGUUUUGGGGGAGGUUGCGUAAACCGCUGGUUCCCAAAGUGGGAGUUGCAAGCCCCCAAGAGGGGAUGCCUUCCAAAAUAACAAAUACAAAUCUCAAAUAAAUUAAAAUUGUAUAUUUUACCCAUCAUUGUAAAAACAGAUCACUUAAUCAUUAAGUGAAAUGAAAAUUAAAUUGUAUAAAAAAUACUUCAAAUGUCAGUUUGCACAUGUCAGCAACAAUGUAGCUGUCUGUUGCACUUGUUCACAUCUGCGUGGCUAUUAAG